UUCUCUUCUCCUUCGCCGUUUUAUUUCACUUCUCGGCUCACUCUUUCGCUACAUGCUACGGUGCUACCUUUGGGACCUGUAAAUGGAGAGGAAUCCUUCGCCGGCGUCUGAUGAUCUACGUGAGUUAGCGCCUGAGGGUGGUUCAACUCCGGCGGAGCUGCGGUUUGAGUGCGGCAGCGUUGGGAACGGUGAAGAGUGUCGGGAGGACGCCAAUGGGCGCGAGGGAAUACCGGAUCCUAGGGUUUCUCUGCUCGCGGGAGCGAACGAAGCGAGGUACAAGUCGAUGUCGCCGGCUCGGCUCCCAAUCGCGCGAGCUCCGUGCCUCACGAUACCCCCUGGGCUUAGCCCCUCCGCGCUGCUUGGACCCCCUGUCCUCCUCCCCGAUGUGAAGGGCCCUUUUGGUUUAAUCCAAGAAAAACAGCAACCUUGCAUCCAAAGCCAAUGUCAAUCUCAAGGCCAGAACAAACUUACCGAUAAUUAUGAAUUGGCUCCACCUGUACCACCUACAGUUUCAUCAGUUGAAGCAUCACCUGUGAGAGCUAGUCUACCACCUGGAGAACUUUCCAAUGAGUUGCAACAGACAGAACAUUCAGAGAAUAGAACACAGAUGACUCAAUCUGAUUGUAGAGAAUCUAACCAAUUUAAUAAACUUGAAAAUUCUGCAGAAGAUGGUUAUAAUUGGCGAAAAUAUGGACAGAAACAUGUUAAAGGGAGUGAAUUUCCUCGGAGUUAUUACAAAUGCACACACCCUAAUUGUGAAAUGAAGAGGCAAAUAGAGCGGUCUCAUGAUGGGCAAAUUGCUGGAAUCAUCUAUAAAGGUUGCCAUGAUCAUCCUAAGCCACCACCUAAUCGUCGUAUGCCUGUUGGUGCAACUUUCACCAGCGAAGAUGAGGAACAAACUGAUAAUCUAUCUUCUUUUAUCAGUGCAGAAAAUGAGUCAGAAAUGGCACCCAGCAAAUCUCAUCAGGUUGGUCCCAAUUUUUCUACCGAGUUGUCUCCUGCCUCAAUCAGAGAGUAUGAUGCUGAAACUGGUGGUGAUCAACUCAAUAAUGCUGAUGAGUUUGUUGGAGAUGACAGUAUGGAGUCAAAGCGCAGAAAAAUGGAAAUAGCUGUUAAUGAUGCUGCUUCACUUGGCAAAAUGAACCAUGAGCCACGUGUUGUUGUCCAAACUGUGAGUGAAAUUGAUAUCUUGGAUGACGGGUAUCGCUGGCGAAAAUAUGGCCAGAAAAUAGUCAAAGGGAAUCCUAACCCCAGGAGUUACUACAAGUGCACAUCAGUUGGUUGCCCUGUUAGGAAACAUGUUGAGAGAGCAUCACAUGAUCCGAAGGCUGUGAUUACGACAUAUGAAGGAAAGCAUAAUCAUGACGUGCCCGCCAUAAAACCUACCAGCAAUGAAGCAUCCUCUUCGCAUGUUACAAAUGGAGCCUGUCUUCUGACCAUGCCCAGUUCAGCAUUUCUUAAAGGUUUCACAAGACCCUUUCCUCUUCCAUCUGCAGACAUGAAGAGUGACACAAUUAGCCUGGACCUUGGUGUUAGUAUCAGCCCUAAUCGAAGUAACCUCUCAUAUGAAACUCGCACUAAGGAAACAGAUCAGAUUCAGCACCAUCAGUCUGAAUCAGGAGCUAUCGGAGGGCCUGCAAUUCGAGCAACCUCUCAGUCGAACACUAAUGGAAUUUCAUACGCAAGAAUCUACGAAUCUGGAGAAGGAUUUGCAGUUAGAACAGCCCCUCUAAAUGCUUCAUCUGAGAUGCAUUAUUCAGCCCCAAGGAACACAGUGAUGGGUCCAUGAGAACUGACUUGCAACUCAUAAUGUUAAUACUAAUAAAUAAUGGAUGACCUUCAGAGUGAUUCAGGUUUCACCAUUUCAUUUGCUUCAAGUCAUCACUUUGCUAUUUUUUGCAAAUAUUUGAUCGAUCCAUUUUCUUAGCAGUAGCAAAGUUUUGCUCAGAGAAUGACAUGAGUUGGGAAACGGUUUAUUUGAUAAAAUUAAAAUUACGUGUGGCAUUCAAAUGAUUUUUUUUUUGUUCUUUUCUUAUUUCCUUUGAGAACAUAUGCUGUUAAGUAUAUAUACUAGCCUUCGCCUGGAUAGGUGCGGCUCGUUUACC